UCUCGCCCUUCUCGCCUUCUUCUCCUGUGAAGCACUCUGUCAAGUGAUGCGCGGCUGCUGGCCCUUUCGGCCGUUCCCCCAACCCUAGAUCGAUCGAUCUCUCUGCCCGCCCCUCCCCGUCAGCCCAACCGCCGGAGGCUCGCAGCUCCCCUCCGCCCGAACUCAGCACCUCCUCUUCCUCCCUUCCACCCGACGGAUCCGUCCAGCGCAGGCCCGCAGCUCCCCUCCGACCCGACGGCGCAGGACCCUGCCGUGGUCCGAUUAGGUGGUUCUUCUUCUCUCCAGCUCCCGAGAUCAAGGUUCCCAAGCUGCGGCUGCAUUUGAUUUCCCAACAAUUCGGUGGUUCCUCCGGCCCCCAUGCCCCACGUCAAGGCCGUCCCUGCUACCCUGGGUGCGGGCGGAAUGCCCGGUGGGUCUUCGGGCGCUGAUGGUGAGGUGGAUGCGGGGUUUGCCAAGCUCCAGGGCGAAGAUUUCGAGUACUACAUGCAGACGUACUCCAUCAUGCUGGGCCGCAACAGCAAGAAAUCGACGGUGGAUGUGGAUCUCUCGAGCCUCGGCGGGGGUAUGAACAUCUCCCGCCACCACGCCCGGAUAUUCUACGAUUUCCAGCGACGCCGGUUCGCCCUCGAUGUUAUCGGCAAGAACGGAUGCCUUGUUGAGGGUGUUCUGCACCUCCCUGGAAACCCGCCUGUUAAGCUUGAUUCGCAGGAUCUGCUGCAGAUUGGGGACAAGAAGUUUUACUUCCUGCUCCCGACGCGGUCCAUCUUUGCGUCGGCUGCUGCUGCUCGGCAUGCACCAAUUAUUCCACAGCAGCUCCCUCCACCAUCGUACGCACGUCCAGGGCGCCCUCGUUUGUCUGAUUUUCACGACCGCUCCUUUGAAGGUGAUUAUGGUCGGGAGGUCGAUGACAUUGGGAAUGGAAUCAGUGAAAGUGGGGUGAGGGGGAAGUUGAUAAAGAGAAACAAGAAGUCGUCCGGAGAAUUGGAUAUCUACGGUGGGCACCGAAUCAACGUGGAAGCAAUAGGAACACUAGGUGAAGACAGUAGAUCAGAAAUAAGAUCAAGGGGUGACAGGGAUAUGGACAACCAACAAAUCCUUCAAGCAGAAGAGAAAGAGGUCGUUUCAUCUGUUGCCACAGUGUUAUCUGACCUCUGCGGUCCUGGAGAAUGGAUGCCCAUGACAAAACUCCACACCGAGCUCCUUGAACAGUUUGGCAACGUGUGGCAUCCCAGCAGGGUCCGAAAGUACCUAACAACAGACGACUGGUCACCAACGGAGACGAAGGGCAGGCCUUGGUUUGGCCUUCUGGCGCUGCUCAGAAAGUACCCGGAGCAUUUCGUCAUCAACACAAGAUCGAAAGGCAGAGUGACCUCGGAGUUUGUCUCGCUGGUCUCCUUGCUCUCCUAGAGGGAAAACUAUAGGGGACGAGAUGGCCUGCCGAGGAAAUAACAGGCACACCGGCUCCAUUUGCAGUCCGCUUUCAGAAGGGUCGGAGGUGUACCGUGUCUCAUUUGCCUCGUCUCUUUUGAACCCUGUUGUACUGUAUCUCGUGUGUUUCAACAGCUGUAUUGGUCUGUACCAUGAUCACCUCUGUACUGUUGACAUGUAUAUGGAAGCAUCAAGCAUGAGUUUUAACCAAUGCUAGCAACUCAGCAGUUCGGUUCGGUAUCCUGUAAGUAUAUCCAGUGUCUUGUUUGGCUGUUCA